AACAGUAUGAAUCUGUUACAGCUUGGAUGUUCUGUACACGACACACACAAAAUAAACCUCAAUUCAAGUUGGCGGUACGAGACAACAAUUAUGCUAGUACUUUACAGCCCACAAAAUUAUUAAUAUUAAUAUUUCCACCUCUUCUCUUUGUUUUCUCUCUCACACACAAACACUUUCUCUCUCCAACAAUGUUUUUAGCUGUGUAGUAUCUUGUUGAGUUGAAUUGAUGAAUGAAAAGAAUAAAAAAGGGUGAAUUGUUUUGAAGGGUUUGUUUUUUCAUGUACAUAUAUAGAUAAAUAUUAAUGGUGAUGAUUUCAUAAUUGAGUUGUUUGGUAGUAAUAAACCUGCUGAUAGUGUCUUGUGUCUGUCGGCGCAAGGUCACUUUCUGUCGGCAUUGUCUCUUUCCACUAACUAUCCAACCAUCAAACACAAACUCUCUUAACAAUUUCUCAUUUCAGCUACAUACAAUUGCUUCUGGUUUAGAUUCUGUUGUUGAGGUCCAGUGAGUUUCUUGGUUCAUUUGUGGGAAGAAGGGGGAGAUUUUUGUGAUCACCAUUGGAAGGUUUCUGCAAAGUGUUGUUGGUAAAUGUAUCACAGGCUUUCUCAGAUCCUGCUUCAUUGUUUUCAUUUCACAAAAAGUUUCAUGUAUAAGAAUAGUUGGUGUAAAUUUGUAGAACAAAAGUGAAGUGAUUUUCCAUACUAGAUGUCAAGUUCUCUUGCAGCAAUAAUAGGAGGAGCUGCAGGAGCCGCGGCAUUGGUAGGGAUAUCUAUAAUACUUUUAUGGUUUUGUUUGUUUCGUCAAACGAGCGUUUCUAGAACUUCAGAGACAGGAUCCUCUGAUCCUUCACAGGUGGGAAGACAUGGUGGAAUUGAGUUGCAAAUGCGAGAUACUAGGCGUUUUGCGAUGGAUGAACUCUCUCACGCGACAAAGAAUUUCACUGACAAAAAUUUGAUUGGAGAAGGGAAAUUCGGUGAGGUUUACAAAGGCUUACUUCAAGAUGGGAUGCUUGUAGCUAUCAAGAAGCGCCGCGGUGUCACUAGUCAGGAAUUCGUUGAUGAGGUACGCUAUCUUUCAUCUAUUCAACAUCGGAAUCUAGUUACUCUUAUUGGAUAUUGCCAAGAAAACAAUCUACAGUUUCUUAUAUACGAAUACGUGCCUAAUGGAAGCGUCUCCAGUCACUUGUAUGGCGCUAGUCAACAACCACGAGAGAGGCUAGAAUUCAAGCAUAGACUCUCAAUAGCUCAAGGUGCAGCUAAAGGUUUGGCUCAUCUUCAUUCUUUGAGUCCGCGUUUGGUGCAUAAGAAUUUCAAAACAUCUAAUGUUCUUGUCGAUGAAAACUUCAUUUCUAAGGUCGCGGAUGCAGGGCUUCGUAAUUUUCUAGGGAGAGUUGAAAUUGUAGGCUCGUCUUCUCAAGUGGCGUCAGAUGAAAUAUUUCUUGCACCUGAGGUGAGAGAGUUCCGACAAUUUUCUGAGAAGAGCGAUGUGUAUAGCUUUGGUGUAUUUUUGUUGGAAUUGUUGAGUGGGAAGGAAGCAACAGAAUCACCCUCUAUAAACACAAGUCAAAAUCUGGUCGAAUCGGUGCUAAGUAAUCAAGACAGUAGCACGAUGUCUGCGAUCAUUGAUCAAAGAAUGGAAAGUAGAUUUACAGCUGAAGGAAUGGAAAGCUACAUUCUACUGUUAAUAAAAUGUUUGGAUCCUUCAAGUGAAAGAAGACCUUCCAUGAGCUACGUCGAAAUGGAACUCGACCGAAUCCUCGAAAAAGAGAUGAACUUAACAACAAUGAUGGGUGAAGGAACACCAACAGUAACUCUUGGAAGUCAAUUAUUCAAAUCAACUAAAUAAAUAAAAAAAUAAAAAAUUAUUGUCAUAAAUUAUUAUUAUUACCUAUAUUAUAUUUGUGAAUUACAUAGGGUUAGCUAGCUGCUUCACAAGUGUAUAAAAAGCAGUUGUAUCUAUCCCUUGUUUUAUUUUUCCUGGGCCAUUGAGCAGUUGUAUUCUUUUAUUUUCCACUCAUGAUUUUUUUUGUGGGUUCAUAAAUGUAUGAGAUUGAAAUCUCUUGUAAGAAAUUAUUUGUUAAUAUGACAGUGAAGAUUGGUUGGUGUGGUAGUAAACAAUUUAUCAGUUUUUUUUU